AUUUAGUGCACACCAUAUCCAAGUCCUGAAACUCUAAACUACAUGCUUGGCUUUUGCUUAUUGUAUAGUUGUUGAAAGCUCUUGCAUAAGUUGGAUUAAACACCAACAUGAAGGUUCAUGAAACGAGGUCACAUGUUCAUGCACCUGGGGAGGAAGAGAAGGUGAUGACAAGGAAGCAGAAGGCAGAGUCCAAGGCACAUGAGGUGGAGCAUUCUCCUAAGAAGGCCAAGGUGGAGAAGGAGGACGGUCACACCAAUGGAAAAUCUGAAAUUGAUAUUGCGGAAGAAUAUGAUGAGUUCUGUAAAGCCACAAAUGAGCACCUUCCUUUGGAACAAAUGAGAGAAAUUCUAGAGGCUAAUGAAAUUGAUUCUUCUGGUUCUGAUCUUGAAAUUACACGAAGAUGCCAAGACUUGCUGUUUUAUGGUGCAUUGGACAAAUGCUCGGUUUGCAAUGGGAGUUUGGAGUUUGAUGGCAGACGUUAUGUUUGUAGAGGGUUCUACAGUGAGUGGGCUAGUUGCACUUUCAGCACAAGAAACCCCCCAAGGAAACAAGAUCCUAUUAAGUUACCUGAUUCAGUCCAGAACUCCCUGGUUUCAGAUUUGCUAAAGAAAUAUCAGGACCCAAGUAGUAGGCUUCACAUGGAUUUAGGCUCAGCUGAAAAACCUUUUACAGGAAUGAUGAUAUCUUUGAUGGGUCGUCUUAAUCGGACACAUCAUUAUUGGAAAACAACUAUUGAAAAGCAUGGAGGGAAGGUCGCAAACUCUAUAAUUGGGGCAACUUGUUUGGUGGCUUCACCUGCUGAGCGAGAACGUGGCGGCACAUCCAAACUUGCAGAAGCCAUGGAGCGGGGUAUACCAGUUGUUAGGGAAGCUUGGUUGAUUGAAAGCAUUGAAAAGCAAGAACCACAGCCGUUGGAAGCCUAUGAUCUUGUCUCUGAUCUUUCUGUGGAUGGCAAGGGAAUCCCCUGGGACAAACAAGAUCCUGGGGAGGAGGCUAUUGAAUCACUCUCAACGGAACUCAAGCUUUAUGGAAAGAGAGGGGUAUACAAAGACACCAAGUUGCAGGAAAAGGGAGGAAAGAUAUUUGAAAAAGAUGGACUAUUGUACAACUGUGCCUUCUCUAUUUGUGACCAAGGACGAGGACUGAAUGACUACUGUGUCAUGCAACUGAUUCAAGUCCCAGAUAAUCGUUUGCAUCUGUACUUUAAGAAAGGGAGAGUUGGAGAUGAUCCAAAUGCAGAAGAACGGUUAGAAGAGUGGGACAAUGUGGACAGUGCUCUGAAAGAAUUUGUGAAGCUCUUCGAGGAAAUAACAGGAAAUGAAUUUGAACCUUGGGAAAAAGAGAAGGAGUUCCAGAAGAAGCCCUUGAAGUUUUAUCCCAUUGACAUGGAUGAUGGAGUGGAAGUUAGACAUGGGGCACUGGGUCUUCGGCAGCUGGGGAUAGCAGUAACACACUGCAAACUUCAGCCUCUGGUAGCGAAUUUUAUGAAGGUUUUGUGUAGCCAAGAGAUAUAUAAGUAUGCUUUGAUGGAGAUGGGAUAUGACUCUCCGGAUCUUCCAAUAGGAAUGGUUACAAAUCUUCACUUGGAAAGAUGUGAGGAAGUUCUCUUAGAAUUCAUAGACAAGGUGAAAUCAUUGAAAGAAACUGGGCCAAAGGCUGAGGCUGUUUGGACAGAUUUUAGCCAAAGAUGGUUCACUCUUAUGCACUCCACAAGGCCCUUCAACUUUCGAGAUUAUCAGGAGAUUGCAGAUCAUGCUGCUGCUGCAUUGGAGAGUGUAAGAGACAUAAACCUGGCUUCUCACCUCAUAGGAGAUAUGAGUGGUUCCACCAUUGAUGACCCAUUAUCAGGAACACACAAGAAAUUGGGUUGCUCAAUUUCUCCCUUGGACAAAAAUUCAAAUGAUUACGGGAUGAUUGUGAAAUACCUUGAAAAAACUUAUGAACCUGUCAAAGGUGACAUUGAUUACGGGGUGUCUGUGGAAAACAUUUUUGCUGUGGAACCGAGUGCAUGCCCUUCCUAUGACGAAAUAGUAAAGCUGCCAAAUAAGGUUCUUCUAUGGUGUGGAUCGCGAAGCUCAAAUCUUUUGAGGCACUUGCACAAGGGGUUCUUGCCAGCAAUAUGCUCACUCCCAGUUCCGGGUUACAUGUUUGGCAAAGCUAUUGUUUGUUCCGAUGCUGCAGCAGAGGCCGCAAGAUAUGGUUUCACAGCUGUGGACAGGCCAGAAGGGUUCUUGGUUUUGGCCAUUGCGUCACUAGGAAAUGAGAUCACCGAGUUGAAAAGCCCACCUGAGGACACGUCAUCUUUGGAGGAAAAGAAGCUUGGAGUAAAGGGAUUAGGGAAGAAGAAAACAGAUGAAUCAGAGCAUUUUGUUUGGAAAGAUGACAUAAAAGUUCCUUCUGGUAAACUAGUUGCCUCAGAUCAUCAAGAUAGCCCCCUGGAGUACAAUGAGUAUGCUGUCUAUGAUCCUAAGCAGGUACGCAUAAGCUACUUGGUGGGAGUGAAGUAUGAAGAGAAGGGCGUGGUGGUGGACACAGCUGAGUGA